UAACAAACAGACAAAGAGAAAGAGACAGACACAGGUUCAGCUACUCCUCACAGAUCUGCUGUCACAAGUUCCUAUACCUCAUUUGCUAUUCCAACACCUUCCAUUCUGUCAUCAUUUCUAUCCCUUUUUGCUUUUUGGUCUGAUCGUUAAUCCUCUGUGUGAAAAUUUAUAUUUUGUUCUGUAAAUACAUGGAAUUCAGUCUUGCUUCUUUUUGAUUCUGAGGCGUUGGUUCGAGUUUGAAGCUUCCAAGUUGCUAAACAUGUCUGAAUGUUGGGUUUCUGAUCCUAGCAAGCUUCACCUGAAGAAGAAGGACCUCACUCAAAUUCGUAAAGCUGCUCGUGUGUUGAGGGAUCCUGGUACGACGUCGUCCUGGAAGUCACCUCUAAGUUCCUCAAGAUCCGUUACUGCUGCUUCUGCUUCUGCAUGGAAGAGCAAUUUCUACAGUGGAAAAGAGAAUGUGUUCUUGUACAACGGGAAGAAUCACAAAUCAUCAGGCGACAACAAGAGUGGACUGGCAAAAAACGACAACGUAGAGGAAGAAGAUGAUGGUGAUGAUGAGGAUGCUGCUGGUGGCACCGGCAACGAUACGUCUUCUUCAUCUCUUCUGGGAAGUUUCGAGGAUACCUUGAGCGAUGCUCGAGGUUGCGAUUCGAAGAGCGACUCUCACUUGCGAGUUGGGAGACGUUCUUAUUUUCGGUGUACAGAUGCUAAUCGUGUUUCUUCGGCCAGAAGAAAAAUGGGCAGUAUCAGGAGAAAGAGUAAGAAAACCAACAGAUACUUGAAUAAUUUGUCAAGAUGUCGGCAACCAGAAACCAAUCUGGGUAGGAAGUUUGUAAAUUCCAAGAUAUUCCCGGAGGACUCAGUUGAACAGUCUGAUGACACUGAAGAUUACAGCAAUUCUGAGGAUUUAAGUCGAAUUUUAGGGUCAUCUCGUUUGCUGUUGAAACUCAAGCGUAGCAAUUGGUCUCGUUCUUCCUCAAAGUUACUGAGAAGUAGCCGAACUGAGGACUCUUAUUAUACUUAUAGCACUCCUGCGUUAUCAACCUGCUCCCAUAAUAGGUAUGGUCACCAUAAUUCAAGUACUGUUGGAUCCUGGGAAGCCACAGCAAGCUCAUUGAAUGAUGGUGAUGAUGAGGUAGACGAUCAUUUGAAUUUUCCUGGCCAGAGGGGAUGCGGUAUUCCUUGCUGUUGGUCCAAGAGGACUCCAAAACAUAGGGGGAUGUGUAGGAGUUGUUAUUCUCCUUCUCUUUCUGAGACUUUGAGGAGGAAAGGAAGUAGCUUAUUCUGUGGAAGUAAAAGUAUCUAUACAAGACACCGAAGGUCCUUAUCAAGCUCUAACAAGUGGAGGGUUUCUUCAAGGAUUGCUCAGGGUGUUCUCCCAUUGCUCCCCAGCAGUGGUGAUGUUAGAGGAGGGUCAUCUGUAGGAAGUGGGAGGAGUGAUGAUGAACUUUCCACAAACUUAGGGGAACUUUAUCUUGAGGGUUUAAGUAGGUUAGAUGGAAGGAGAUGGUCAUCAAGUUGUAGGAGUCAGGAUGGUUUGGGGAUUGUGGCUGUAGAUGGGGAAGGGGAUGAGGAAGGCACACUAGAAAAUGCUAGGAGUUUCAGUCAGAAGUAUAAGCCUAUUUCCUUUGGUGACUUGAUUGGCCAGAAUAUUGUGGUUCAGUCACUUAUGAAUGCUAUUUCAAGGAAUAGAAUUGCUCCUGUUUAUCUUUUCCAAGGUCCUCGUGGUAUCGGUAAAACUUCUACGGCCAGAAUUUUUGCUGCUGCCCUGAAUUGUAUGGCUCCAGAUGUAAAUAAGCCUUGUGGAUACUGCAGGAAUUGCACUGAUCUCAAUUCUGGCAAGAGUAGGGAUUUCUUGGAAGUUGAUGGCACCAAUAAGAAAGGGAUUGAUAGUGUUAGAUAUCUAUUGAAAAGACCAUCAGCAGGAUCACCGUCAACACCCUCACGAUACAACGUAUUUGUGAUAGAUGAGUGUCACUUGCUUCCUUCUAAGACAUGGCUGGCAUUUCUGAAGUUUCUGGAAGAACCACCUAAUCGAGUUGUAUUCAUACUUAUAACAACUGAUCUUGACAAUGUACCACUAACAAUACAAUCUCGAAGCCAGAAGUACCUUUUUAACAAAAUUAAAGAUGCUGAUAUUGUGGCCAGAUUGACGACACUAUCUGCUGAGGAGAACCUGGAUGUUGAAGAUGCACUGGACCUUAUUGCUAUGAAUGCAGAUGGUUCACUUCAAGAUGCAGAAACUAUGUUAGAACAACUGAGUUUGUUGGGGAAGAGAAUAACUACAUCACUUGUCAAUGAACUUGUGGGUGUUAUCUCGGAUGAAAAAUUACUAGAGCUGUUGGAGUUAGCAAUGUCAUCAGAUACCACAGAAACAGUGAAGAGAGCCAGAGAAGUGAUAGAUUCCGUGGCUGAUCCAAUGGCUUUGAUAUCACAAAUGGCAUGCCUCAUUAUGGACAUCAUUGCAGGAUCAUAUGCUGUCAUUGAUACCAAACCUAGUGAUUCGUGUUUUGGUGCACGAAGUUUGAAUGAAUCAGAGUUGUGGAGGUUAAAGCAUGCUUUGAAGCUGCUCUCAGAGGCUGAGAAACAGUUCAGGACUUCUAGUGAACGCUCAACAUGGUUCACAGCCACUCUGUUACAGCUUGGUUCAAUGCCUUCACCAGAUCUUAUCCAGUCAGGCAGCAGCAGGAGACAGAGCUGCAAGACUUCUGAAUAUGAUCCAUCAAGUGCUUCAAGAGAGGUUACUGUUCCGAAGCAUAGUUCAGAUGUCAGAUAUAUUUCUCGAAUGUCAACAUCCCCUACAUCACAGCAGCGACCUGUGAAUGGCAAUUCCAGACAUCAAAGGGAUGUGUCGUCUAAAUCAGAUGGUUUCAGCUUGAGUUCAAAGCCAUCAAGUAGUCCUGUUCUAGGAGAUGAUGAUGCAACACCUGCUUCAUCUGAUGAUCUUUAUUGGGAAUAUGAUGUUAAGAUGUGUUUUCUGGUUGCAUAUGUUGCAUUUGGAGACAGAGAUAUUAAACUAAGGGCUGAAAGGUGCAACGUGGAGGUUAGAAUUAUUCACUUGCUUGAUGAUGAAGAGGCUGGAAACUGCUUGGCUACAGGCUGUAGAAAAGGUUCACCAGGAUCAUUGAGUCAUGCAAGACCUGAGAAGAAUCAGGUCCUGCCUCAGGAAAAUGUUAUCUGUAAAGACCUAAUAGAGUCCAUUGAUUCAAAAGGUUUCCUCUCAGCAUCGGGAAGAUGA